AUGGUCAGGGUCAGUUUGGUAAAAUGCCAUCGCGGCGCGCGCGCUGUGAAAAACGAAGAAAGGCGAAGGGAUAAGGCGACACGCCAUGGCGAGUCUCCUCCCCUGCUUCAACUGCCGCUCCCCCUCCCGCCCCCUCCCCGCCGCACGCGCGCGGGUCUCGCCGCCGGUCGGGCUCCCGGCGGGGCGGCACCCCGCCGCCGCCUCGGCGGCUUCGUCGGCGGCGGCGGCGGCGGCAGGGGCGUACGGCUGGUGGCCCGCGCCGGCCCGAGCGCGAGCAGCUACGUGUUCGCUUUCGUGUUCCCGCUCUCCCUCCUCGUCGUCACCGUCUUCGCCUCCAUAAAGAUCGCCGAUAAGCUCGACAGGGACUUCCUCGAGGAGCUUGCAAUUAAUCAAGCAAUAAAGGAUGCGGAUGAAGGUGAUGAUGCUGAGGUCUCUUUAGAAGAGAAACCUGUUCUUUCCCGCACUCGCAACCGGCCAAAACGAGAAGCGUAGGCUGCAGCAGCCUUGUGUGUAGUUUUGACUUUAGUUGAGAGACCAACACACCAUUGGGAAGACCAAUCUGAAGAGAGCAGUGGCAUGCUUGUAGUUUCAUGUGAUUCAUCUUGGCUUUGAAUGUGUGUAAUUUGGGUUCGAUAGAAUGCACAGGCUUGGUAUAUUUCUUGAGGAUAAUGUGAUGGGAUUUGAAAUGACUUAUUAGGAAAAAGAUAAAUCAGAUCACUGCAAUCCGAAUGUAAUUGAUUGAACUGCAACUUUAGUAUAUAUGGGUUAAAUAUGGGCUUAUAACCCAUUUUGCA